AUGUUCUCUCGCUUAGUUUCUUCUUCAAGGGUGUUAACGAGUGUGUCGUGGUUGGUCCAAUUUUCUCGGUAUCCAUACAGAGCUCACUUAAGAAAUCUUGUGACAAGUGAUUUUCCAGUGAGAAACAGAGAACCCAUUUCUGGUUUCAGAUCAGUACUACUGUCGACUACAAGAAUGGCGUCAGGUUUUCCUCCGCAGACACAGGAGAGCCAGCCUGGAAAAGAGUAUCUCAUGCACCCUCAACCUCAGUACACAAAUCCCGACUACAAACCAUCGGAUAAGCUUCGUGGGAAAGUGGCGCUAGUGACAGGAGGUGACUCGGGGAUCGGACGAGCUGUGUGUCACUGUUUCGCUCUAGAAGGCGCGACGGUGGCGUUCACCUACGUGAAAGUUCAAGAGGAUAAGGACGCGCAUGACACGCUGCAGAUGCUGAGGAGUGUUAAGACCCCAGACGCGGAGGAACCCAUGGCAGUAGCAGCAGACUUGGGCUUCGACAAGAACUGUAAAAGGGUUGUUGACGAGGUGGUGAACGCUUUUGGUCGUAUCGACAUUCUCGUCAACAACGCCGCCGAGCAGCACAAGAGCUCCUCCGUCGAGGAGAUCGACGAGGAAACACUCGAGAGGGUUUUCAGAAUAAACAUCUUCUCCUAUUUCUUCACUACCAGGCAUUGCUUGAAGCACAUGAAGGAGGGGAGCAGCAUAAUCAACACAACGUCUGUGAACGCCUACAAGGGUGCUACGCUGCUGGAGUACACGGCGACAAAAGGCGCAAUAGUGGCGUACACCAGGGGACUUUCCCUGCAGCUGGUGAAUAAAGGGAUUCGCGUUAAUGGCGUGGCACCGGGACCCAUUUGGACGCCAUUGAUACCGGCUUCGUUGAGUGAAGAGGAGGUCUCGAAGUUUGGGACUCAGACGCCCAUGGGUAGGGCUGGUCAGCCAAUUGAAGUUGCCCCAUGUUAUGUCUUCCUUGCCUGUAAUGACUGCUCCUCUUACAUAUCUGGUCAGGUCCUCCAUCCAAAUGGUGGCACCAUAGUGAAUGGUUGACGGGUGUACUCAGUCCAUGGAUAAGUUAAUAAACGUACUUUCGGUUGUCUGUGAUACAUAUAUGUUUGUAUGUGCAUAUGUAUAAGGUGCUCUCCUGUUUUGGUUUAGUAUGUAAAGGGUGAGAUCAUGGACCUCUCCUAUAUAUGGGGUUUUCUCAUGUACGUAAAUGAGGGCGCCUUGGGAUAUAUGGAAAUACUGUGCUUGUGUCUGUAACUUCAGAAGAGAAAUAAUACGCACAUAUAUAGUGAUGCCAAUGGAAGUCUGGCUAAGUCUCUGUAUGUUGAUAUAUGUCUAGUUAUGGAAUAAUACGUACCCUUAUGGCA